UUUGUUGGUAUACCAUUUGGCAGGGACGAGAGAGAGCGCGAGGAAUAUGCAGCAAAGAUUUCAUGUGGAAGAGGUGAAAGGGAUGAGCAUUCUACAGCGAUGCUAAAAAUGGGAGAUGUCAAGAGCUAUAUCAACACUUGCCUCGGUCUCUUCUGGUUCUCUUUUCUUCGCCUCCUCUUUUUGUAACUGAGCAGCGAAACUACUCUCUCCAGUCUCCCCUGCUCCUUCUCCUUUCUGCCUUCCACUGAUCCCUUCAUCUUCCUCGUCAUUGUAGUUCCUUUUUACCAUACUUCUUUUGUCGAAGUUUCUCGUCACUGCGAUUCUCACGAGUCCGAAUCCUCAAGCAUCGGCCAUGCGUUAUCUCGAAGUCGACGUCGAUGGCCAAGAGACUUUCCUGGUCGAUAAGGAAGUACUCUCAUCGUUCUGCGGCAAGCUAAGAAACUUAAGCAACAAAGCUUUAACCGCUUCACCAACAAAACCCCUCAAAAUUGCAAUGACUGACUUCCCUGGAGGAUCAGAGGCAUUUGAGCUAAUGGCAAAGUUCUGCUACAACAGUGGCAGAGCUCAAAUGAUAACAUCCCACAGCACUUGCCUUCUGCACUCUGUUGCGCACUUCAUGGACAUGAGUGAUGGUGUUUCUGCCUCCACUAACAACUUGCUUGAGUUGACAGAGAAAUCUCUGGCGGGACUCCCUUACUGGUCAUGGCCUGAGAUCAUGCACGCUUUGAAGCAAUGCGAAGACACUUUUCCAGUUUCGGUUUCUUCGGGGCUGCUGGAUCGAGUGUUGGAAUCCGCUGUUAGUAGAAUCACAGCAGUAGCUGAUGCUAGCCCGUCAGGUUCAUCUCCUGAAAGCUCAGCGCUAAGAUUGUCAGUUGAUUCAAGAAGCACAAUUAGCGCGAAGAACAGCUCCCACCGAGCUUGGUGGUUCGAGGAUAUUCUGAGCUUGAGCCCAGACGUGAUAAAAAAGAUCAUCAGCAGCAUGGUUUUGCAGAAGGUAGAUCAUGUACUGGUCAGUAAGUUCCUCAUGCAUUAUCUAAAGAAUGCAGCGUCCAGUUCCUCGUGUAACAAGAAAAGGGCUGCCGAAAUUAGCAUAGAACUGCUCUACUCUCUUGAUGGAGGCAGCUCGGUGUCUUGCAAGGGCCUGUUUGAUGUUCUCAGGGUCUCAGCAUCCUUGAAACUUAGCAAGGACUGCCAAAUUAAAUUGGAGAGCAUGAUAGGCAGAAAAUUUGACCAUGCAACAUUAGAUAGUUUACUGAUUCCAGCUCCUGCAGGGAUGGAUUGUCUCUAUGACGUCAGUCUAAUCUUAAGGUUCUUGAAGUGUUUUCUUAGCACAAGAAAAGUUAGAGAAUCAAUAGCUCGAUUGAAGCAAGCAGCAAAGUUGAUGGACUCUUACUUGGCUGAGAUCGCCCCUGAUUUUUCUUUGAAGCCUCCAAUGUUUCUGUCACUUGCCACAGCUCUACCUGAUGAAGCAAGAGAUUCCCAUGAUUCAAUUUACCGAGCAAUCGACAUGUAUCUUGAGGUUCAUACUCAACUACUGGAAGAAGAGAAGACAAAGCUAUUUUGUGCCAUAAACUAUGAGAAGCUCUCAUCCGAAUCCUGCAAGAACCUGGCGAAGAACUCAAAAUUCCCCUCAAGAACAAUAAUCAGAGCUCUCAUUUCUCAACAAAGAAAGCUCAGGAGCCUUCUGAAGGAGACCAGCCAAUUGAAAGAACCAUCGCCGGAGCGAAAUCAGAGCAAGAAAAAACAGUUGAGCAGUGAUGAUCAGCAGGUCAUUCUUUAUGCGAAAAACCUUGAGAUUUCCAGCGAGAACAAGAGGCUCAAGUCUCAGCUUCAAGGAAUGCAAUGGAAGAUGACAGAGUUGGAGAAGAUUUGCAAGAAGAUGCAAGCGCAGAUGGAGAAGGCCAUGAAAUUGAGAAGAGUUAGUCCAAGUGGAUCCAAGUCACUACCCAGGCUUUGCUCCUGAUCUCACUCAGAUCCAUGGAGCCCACACAAUUUUGUACACAUGUUAUUGGUCCUUAGAUCGUGUUCCACCAGAAUCUGAGAUUUUUCUUGAUUUUGUUCCUCCUGUAAAGCUGGUUGAGGGCAUUACCUUUAACAGAGGGAAAAGAGAAGUGGUUGGGUUCAUCUCCUUUGAGCAAUGAGAGGUCAAUUUGUGCAGCUACUUACAUGUUCUUCUGCUCUUUCUUUAAUCAUUGUUGUCCAUAGUACUCGAACCUUUUUGUUAGGAGAGGCCUCUUUACAGGUCUUGGAUGUGGUCUCUGUCUGCUAGUGUUGUCCGAAUCUAAUAUUCAGAAAAAGGAAUUCCAAGAGCAAAGUCUGUAA